AACAAUUGAUAAUUUAAAAAAGAAACCAAGAUUGUAUUAAAUGUUUAAAAAUUUACUAUAUUAAUUUAUAGGUAUUGUUGUAGGUUCAACAUUUUUAUCACUUAUCACUUAAUAUAUUAAUAUAUUUUAUUAUAUUUUUAUAAUCCUAUAUAUAUAUAAAUAUAUAUAUAUUGCACAAUAAAAUUAUAAUCCAAUUAUCUUUUGAAAAACUCCCAUCAAAAUUUAAAUUACAAUAAAAAAAAAAUAAUAACUAAGAGUAAAAAAAAAAAUGACAUUAAACUCAUUUCUAAUAUAAUAAUGAAAUUUAACUGCUAACACUACUAAUUAUUUAUAAUUAAAAACUUAAUGUCUAAAUAUAGGAAAUAACAUUUAGCAUAUUCAUUUAAUAUUGUAACAUAUCAUGAAUAUUUUGAGGUGUUUUAAUCAUGUAGGAUUUAGUGUAUGUUUCAAUGAUUGAUUUAGUAUAGAGUUCAUUUUGAUUUAUAAGGUUUACCACUUUUUUUUGUUUUAUACAUUUUCCAAUUCUGUUAAGGUAGCAAAUAGGGUUUGAAGGCAAGUCGUAAUUUAUUAUCCAAUCUGCAUGUUGAAAUUGAACACCUUUUAUUGGGUCGGUAGUUAUAAGCAUUUUAAAGCGAUCUUUAGAAAACAUUUUCAGUUUAACCUCACGAUCACAUGCACUCAUUUCUAAAUGAAAAAGUGUAACUGAAUAAUCUAAUCUUAUUAAUGAUUCAAAAAGUAUCCGAGCUCUAUCUAAAGUGUUACAAAAAAUGAUGACUUUCUGCAUAUUUAAAGUUGAAUUGAUAUCACAAAAAGCAUUCAAUUUCCAGUCGUCUUCAAUGGUUAAAAAAAACUGCUUUGGAAGGCCUAUGGUAAAAAAGUAAUUAUUAAGAAUUAUAUAAAUACUAUAAACCUUAUAUUAUAUUUAUCAAUUCCAAUAUUUCUUGAGUCUCACCCCCCCUCCCCCCAAUUAGUAUAUGCAUAUAUGCAUAGAAAAGUAAGCUACAAAAAGUUUUAGAACAAUCUAUUAAGGUUAACACGUACCAACUUAAAUUUAAAAUUUGAGUACAUUAAUUCACUCGCAAUUUAAUGAUAUAUUUCAUAUUUUUAUGAAUAUCUCAGUUAUAUAAAGAAAAAUUAAAAUUUGUUACACAAUAUGUUUUAAAUAAAAUAAAAUUUCUUAUAAAUUAUAUUCUUACAUAUUUCGUUUUAUUUAUUUUCAUUUACAAGAUAUAUUGACUUUGAUGUAUGAAAGUACUAUUUUCUCAAAAUUUUAUUUUAUUAUAAUGCAUUCAUUAAAAUGGUUUUUUCAACAUUUCCUUUUUAUUGUCAAGGUAUAGUCUUCUGUAUUCUUAGAUACAACGUAAGAGCAACUUAGACUUCUCAUCAUCUUUGAUUUAACUCCCAUGAAAAUCUUCCACAAGUUUAACUGCUCUUUACGUUGUAUAAUUCACUACGUUUAAACGGACAUACAAUUUCUCUUUGUAGAAAUAGUUUAUAUUUCAUGUACUCGAUCAUCAUUCAAAAAAUUUGUAUUAAUACCAAAUUGAAAAAAAAAUGUAUACUAUUCUUAAAUGUAAAGGAGGCCAGAGUUUUUUCUAAAAAAAUGUUAACUAUUGUUCUGUCAAUAACCUUACAGUUUACAUAAUAGCUAAAUAACAAAAACGUAUAUAUCUGAAAAAAUUUCGCCAAGGUCUUGAAAUGAAACAUUAAGAUGCUUAGUUGGUUGAAUAUUUCCAUCAUUGUUAAAUGACUGUACUAUUAAUCUUUUGAAUUUGUUUAAUGUUUUGUCAAAGAAAGCUAAUGCUGCUCUCUUCUGAUAAGUACCAUAGAUGAUUACUUAUUUUUUUUUAUGGCGGCUUUUGAAAUUUUACUGUUUAUUUUCAUAUAGUUUUAAACAUUUUAUAAAAUGUAAGUUGUUAGUCAGAGCUCUAGCUAAUAUAGUACAACUGAACCAAGCUUUUAAAUACAACCUUACAAUAAAUACGCAAUUAUCACAAAUAGCGGUUAUUUCAGAAGAUGUUAAAUAUUAUUGCUUUGAAAAACACCAAGUUAUUACUUAUUUCAUAAAAGUGGUGGUGACAUGAUAGGUAAAGUAAGUCUUAUUCCAAGUUUUGCUCCAAUAAAACGCAAGCACCAUUCAAACGCCCUGUAUUUGAUGCAGUGGUAUCACAGCAUAGAGCUUGAACAAUAUGUGACACACCCCAAUUAUUUAAUGUAUAAUAAACAGCAUUAGCUUGUUUUGCCCUAUUGAUUAAAUUUACAUUCUUACUAAUUAUAAAAAUUGAUAAUCUAUCAAUACUUGAGUCCCUGACAUUUAACACCAGUAGUAUUUUUCCAUCCCAGUGUACAGUUUUUGGAGGAGGAUUUUGAAAUUUGGUUUUGAUUUUAUUGGCGCAUUUAACUUGUAAAGCCUCAUGACAUCGAUGUAUAGAUGAUUUUAUUUAUAAUUAGACUAUCGACAUUAUGACCUAAAGCUUCAGCUGUUGCUUGAAUAAUAUAAACUGAUCUCUGUACACUUAUUUUACAUUGAUCCAAUGCAGCAACAAGCUUAGGCAAAAUUAAAUUUAUGUGGCCCCUUUUAUUUCCUGACAAUAGUAUACAACUACAUUGUGUGUAUUCAAAAUUGGAACGAUUUGAACAGUGAUGAUGGUAAAAUUAAAGACAUAUUAGCUAAUUGAUUUUGAAUUUCAGUUGGAUUAUAAUUUGAUAUAGAUGGGCAUGAAUUUAAGUUCUCUAUUUCACUAAAUUUAUGUUUUUUGCUUUAUUUUUUUAUUCUGUAACUUUUUGAUUAUACCAACAAGACAACCAAUUCGACCAAGAAGUUUUUAAUUAAUUAAAAACUGUUUGUCAUUUACAAUUUUUAUUACAUUUAAAACAUUAUUGCAUGUGCAAUUAUCAAAUAAAUUUUCAAGUUUAUUAAUGAAUUAUGUUUUAUUUAAAACAUAUUAUACAAUAAAUUUAAGUUUUCCUUUAAGUAACUUAGAUAUUCAUAAAAAUGUAAAAUAUAUCAUUAUAUUAUAAAUUAAUUAAUGUACUCAAAUUUAAAAUUCAACCCUUAAUAGAUCGUUCUAAAACAUUUUAUAACUCACUUUUUUGUGUAUAUACACAAAUUGAGGGGGGGUGAGACUGAAGAAAUAUUAAAAUUGAUAACUAAGGAACACCUUAAUAAAUACAUAUAGUUAAAUUACAAAACAGGCUACAUACAAUUAUAUUUUUUAACAUUUUUUUAUAACAUACUUUUAUUAAUAUCAUUUUCUUCUUGAACAUCUUCAUUAAUAAUAACUAGUGGAUCACGAAGGGAAUCCAUAAAUAUGUCCAAUACAUGAUCAAGUUUUUCUGAUACAAGCAAAGUUACUUGCAGUUUGUUCUUGUCCAUGUCUGCCAACAUUCCUUUAAUUAAUUUAACAUAGCCAUCAUUCAUCAACAUUUUGUCAACUUCGUUUAUUACAACCGUUUGAAUGCAUUCAGUACGUAUUGAUUUGCGUGUAAUCAUUUUGUACACUUCUUCCGGUGUACCAACUAUUACAUGUGGGAUAACAAAUCUUUUUGGUAAACUGUCGCCACCAAUACAUACAUUAACACCCGAGAAAUCUCCAAAGCUCAAUAUAAUCUACACAAACACAUAUAAAACAAUAGUGUUGAAAUAAUCAUAAUCUGUUGUUAAUAGCAUACCUUUUGAAUAUAUACAGCAACAUCUCGUGUUGGUACUAAUACUAAAGCUUGACAAUCGCUUAAUUUAGUUUUAAUCCGUUGUAAUAAUGGUAUGGUAAACAUCAUUGUUCUGCCAGUGCCCGAUCCAGCAAAAACAAUAAUGUUUCGUCCAUUCAAACUUUGAACAAUAACUUUUUUUUGUAAUUUAGUGGGUUCAGUAUAACCAAGUGAGUAAAUCCCACGUAAAACAUGAAUUUUUAAAUUCAUCCCAUUAAAGCUAUCGAUGUUUAUUUCUGAAUUGUUUGCAUUAGGUAUUUUACAAUUUUCCAUUUUCUCAGUUAGUCCAGUGCAGCAUUCAUUAGUAUUUGUAGUCUGUUAAAGAAACAGUAGGAAUUAAAAAUAUUAAACAUAUUAUAUAUAUUUAUUUUAUACAGAAAUAAAUUCCAUUAUUAUAAUUAUUAUUUUAAUGAGUAAUUAUAAUAAUGAGUACAAAUAUGUAUUAUUAAUGAACAAAAUUAUGUUUAUGUUAUUAUUGAAUAUAGCAAUAUAUUAUUUAAACCUCUUUUUCUUUCCUUUUUUUUUUUUGAUAAAUGGAGAACAUAAUAUUAUUUACAUUUUUAAAUUGUGCUUCUCAGUUAUUUGAGAAUUUACUCACUUCAUCAACUUCCUCGUGUAAUAUUUUACAUUGUUCCACUAUAUCAUUUAACACAUUUUUAUCGACAUUCACAUUUUUCAAAGACUCGUUUGCUUUUUCAUCAAUCUAAUAUUUGUUAAAAAUAAAUGGUUAUUAUUGCUUAGAAAAUAAACAUGACAAGUGAUUAAAACACUAAGCAAUUAGUAUAGUAAUCAAAAAUAUGAGUAUUAAAAAUUAACUAUUCAGAAUUUAAUUGAAAAAAUAAUGUUUAAAUAGUUAAAAUUAUCAAAUAAAAAUAAUUAAGAAUUAUGUGUUAUUAUAAUUAUAAAAAUUAUUAUUAUUUAUUAUUGUGUACAAAAAGCCAUUAGAUCUUAACCUAUUAAACAAUAUGCAUAUAAACAUUCAAUUUUCUCAAAAUAUACUGACAUUUAAACAAUUAAUUUCUCGUUUCAAGAACAUUUAUUGCUUUUAAUAAUUUACCAAAUUAUUAGCAAUAUCUGAAUAUGUAUUCUUAUGCAAUUUUGAUGUACUUACCUCAUGAUCUUGGCUACUAUGAUUAUUAAAAUUUGUUGAAUCAAUAGUUGCUAAAUUUUUCACACUUAAUUCUGCAUUUUCCUACAAAAUAAGUAUUACAAAUAUAAAAGUUGUUUUAUUAAAUUAAUUUUAUAAAAUAUUUAUUGAUUAAAUUAAAAAAAUCAUUAAUACUUUAAUAGAAUCUUUUUCUUCAUAUUUCAUUUGCAGUUCAAAAUCUUUUUGAUCAAGAUUUUUUACAACACUUUCAUGUUUACUUUGUACUUUAUUCCUGUCUACUUCAGAAAUAGUGGGCUCUUCGAUGGCAUUUUGUAUUUGUGAAUGGUUCUAUAAACACAAAAUAUAAAAUUAAAAAACUCAAACCAAGUUGUUUUACUAUACUGACUUUAUCUGUAAAAUUUGAUAUCUCUUGAUCAGUCACCACAUCAUAUUGGUCCAAAAGUUGUACACAAUCAUCGGGGCUGCUUUCAUUCACAUCUGAUACUGAUUUAGGUAAGGUGGGGAAGAAGUAAUCAUAUAAUUUUUUAGUUGAAACCAAAUCAGCAUUAGUUUUGGUAUUAGAAUCAGUGGGCAUUUUUGUUGAAUUAUGAAAUUGUUUAAUUUCACUGACUAUAUAAUCAUUAUUUAUUGGUCUCAAACCAAUACAUACCUGCGACUUAUUUGUAUUAGUUGUACUUUCCUUUAGUAAUUUAUUUUCCAAAACAGACUUUAAAUAUUUUAGGGGCUCAAUUUCAGCACGUAGUCUUCCAAUUGUGUUUUCUAACAAAUUCAAUUGUUUUUUUUUUUUUUCAAGUAUAGAUAUUUUUUCUUUUAGUUCAUUAACAGACAAGCAUUCAUUAAGAACAAAAACAUGUUUUUCAAGUAAUUCAUUUUCAGCACGUAACUUUUUCAACUGUUGUAACAAAUCCUCCUGAUUUUUCAGUUCUGAUUCCAUCUUGAAUACAAUGUCUAUUUUCUUAUACGGUAUAUGAAUAUUCUGAAAAGUAGCAAUAUAUAUAUAUGAAUUAUAUUUAUUUCUAAUUAACCAUUAAGAGUACAGUAUAUAGUAUAUAUGUAAGUGCAUACUAAUGUUUAUUAAUAUAUCGGGUAGGUGACUGUUGUAGGUGGGUGAUUAGAAAGAAAUACACAAAGUAAAUAAUAUAAAUACUGUCUGCAACAAUAGAUUAGAGAAAUAAAAAUAUAUGCAGACAACUUUUAAAUAUAUGUAUUAAUUUACAACAGGAUUACUUUCUAAAUAUGUUUUGUCUGAGUUUUUUUUUCAAAAUAAAAAACAACUUAACAAGUGUUGUAAAAUGUUUUAUGGCAGUAAUAAUCUAAACUAUUAUUUUUAAAAUUACCUAUUUAUUUUAUUUCAUUUAAAAUAAUAUCUGUAAUAAGUAAAAAAUAAUAUACCUAUUUUGUUUCAUUAACUUUUUAUUUCAACAGUUAAUUAUAAAUUUUUUAAAUAGGUAUUCAUUUAUAAGGGGACUUUUUUUUCAAUGUAUGUUUUUUGGACUGAGGCUUUUUCCCCCAAUUCUCUGUAACUGAAUAAUGUGUCCGUAAGACAGAAUAGCACUCACACUAAGAAAACUUAUGUGCAUUAUCUGAAAGAGAGCGUGCAAAUAAUAUCAGUAGCGUUAAAAUCAACACCACAUGACUGCAUGUUAUCUGCAAUAUUGCUCUCCAAAGCAAUGAUAGAAAAAAGCUAUUUGCUUACCACAUAUGGAAAAAACUAAAUCCCAAUAUUAUUAUCUACAAAGUCUUUCCUAACCAUCACACAAAAAUCCUCUUUCAAAUCAAGUAAAAUCACAAAAACCUCUAUGUGAAUAGAAACUAACAAAAAAAAAAAGAACACAAUUGUGCAUAAAGGUGAAGUAAUGACAAGAAUAGUCUGAUAAUGUGAGAAUAAACAGACAGCACCGAACCAUCAAAUAUCCUCCCAGGGUUUAAUUUCUAUUUGUUUAUUUAUCUACUGUUUACCUAAGCCGAAUCUAUGUCAUAUGAAAUAAUAAUAAUAAUAAUAAUCUCAAAAAGAACUACAUAAGGUCUGGCCAUUCACAAAUGCAACACAACCAUGUUCAAAUCGGAAUUGUCUGUCUCCCCAUAUUGUGACUACAGUUUUCCCGAGUGAAAUGAUGUGCUAUAUAGUUUUAAUACAUCACAAUACACAAAUGUCCAAAUUCGAAAAUUUUCAGACAUAAUGAAAUACAUUUUUAGUGUACCUACAGUGGCUGAGAGCUCUAGACACACGACUAUGGUAUAGUAUAAAUUACAUAUCUACGUUGUUAAUGUUCAAAGCUGUUGUAUGUUUCCUUACGAAAAAUAUAAAAACAAGUUCUAUUACUAGGUAAAAUAUCUACGUACAUGUAAAACAAAGUUCGAUUUUAAAAUGAUUAUUUUUUAAACAUAUUAUGAACUUUGAAACACGGUUAAAUUCAAUGAAACAGAAAUUAAAUAAAAAUUGUAAUUUUAUUAAAAUACCUAUUAGAAUAUAAUAGAUACUUACAUAAAUGUAUAUAUUUCUCGGCAGUAGUACUCCAGAGCUAAAAUAAUGCGCUUUCAGGGUCGACAAGCAACAACUAACAACGAAAAACAAACGUUCGCUACGGCACAAUCAAUAGUAGUAUAAUAAGUGAUUCGGUUGGUCAUUCUACCACUAGAGGGGGGCCGGUUGUUUUGUUACUUGUUUUCGUGGAACAAUAAUAUUUUUAUUUUGUAAAGUGUACAUAAUACUUGCAGAGUGACCAUAAACAAUAACAGAAUAUAUCGUACAAUAUUUUGUUUAAUGGUAAAUGUUUUUGUAUGAAUUUCGAACACGAAUUAUAUACGGCGGGCAUAGAUAUAGACACACAUUUAUGUGCGCGUUUGCUUAUUUCCACGGCAAUACGCCGUACAGUUGGGCGUGCGCACAGCACGUCACCUCCAACUGGCUCGGUCGCAGCGCAAUCUAAGGCCGCUCGUGUUCGUCAUGCAUGACGCAUGGCUGUUCAAACGUUUCGGAGGUAAUGCGACUGUGGAACGUACCGAAUUCCGACCGAUUCGGCCCUUACUUUUUUUUUUACUGUUAAACGUGUUUAUAUUUCAGCAUUAGUGUUGACACUGAUGAACUGUCCGACCCAAACAAAGUAUAAUUUUCGGUACUCGGAUAAAACGUGCAAUUAAAACGACGAGAUGUGAACAGAACAAAUAAUAUAAUACGCACGCGAACACACACACACAAAAAAUGGACUUUAAGACGUCGUACAAUUGUAACAAUUACCAUAGCGUUAAUUAUAUCAAGUGACCUUCCGUCGCACGUAUAAUCUCCGUACCAUAACAUUAUCAGUUAUAACCACAGACAAACGCAUUAAUAUUACACACGCUAAAACAUUAUAUUAUAUUGUAACUCUUGGUCCAACUCGCUGACGAUGAGAUGCACCAGGAUGGGGUUUGCCCUCGCCGUCACGCCCGGAGUCGUGUAUAAAAUGGCGAAUGUAACUCCCGCACUCGGUCUCGGAACAUCUUCUAAGACCGUGUACCCAUAUAUUCUUACUGCAUCGGUUAUAUUAAUCGAGGCGUAACAUUUGAUCGAAAUUCUUACUCCUCGGCAUUCGGAAACGGCCGUUACGCCGCCGUAUCGGCUCGUCAGGACCAUUCGACAAUGUACCGACUACCGAUUCGCCGUUAUAUUCAUUUCACCGCGAGACACCUUUUUUUUCCCGUUUAAACCUAACGCUAUAACUCUGUUGUUUUUCAAGGCACCCGGGUGAGAUUUCCACUAGUAUAUUAUUUUAGUCUGUCAGGAGCACUUCGUAUUAAAAGUGCCCGCCCACUUCUGAUAUUUGAAACGAGUAUAUUUCGGCGGGAUUUGAUGAUAGGAGUUUCCACAACAACAGCAGUACAAGAACAGUGGUGAUAUGAUAAUAUACUAUAGGUACUUAAUAAUUAUAUCAAGUACUUAUGUGUAAUCUUCAAAUGAAAAUGCCAUAACAGAUAAUAAAUAAAUAGGCCCACAAGACCACAACCGUUAAUACACUUAUGUUUCUUUAGGGCCAAGACGUGUCUAAAACUUUUUUAUCAUCAUUUGAACACAACAGCGGCGACAUGAUAAUAUACUAUAGGUACUUAAUAAUUAUAUCAAGUACCUAUGUGUAAUCUUCAAAUGAAAAUGCCAUAAAAGAUUAUAAAUAAAUAGGCCCAGAAGACCACAACCGUUAAUACACUUAUGUUUCUUUAGUGCCGAGAUCUGUAUACAAAUUUAUUUUUAUCAUUUGAAUACAAGAACAGUGGUGAUUACCUAUUUCAAUGACCGUGAUAAACAAUGAUUUCAAAUUUCUCAUCGAAUAUCACCGACAUUCGGGCUGUGGUUCUAUAACAUACUUUAAUUACUUUUAUUUUGUAUAUUUUCGAAACGUAAAAGUUAUUAGAUUUGUCCAAAAACAAAAAAAAACAAAAUGAAAACAUUUAACAAUAAGAAUAUUAAUUAUUUUCAUAAGUGGGUAUUUACACUGUACACAAAAUGAUUAAAUAAAUCCGUGCAGCUUAUCGGCACUUCUAGGUAUUGUCUAAUAACUAAUAUAAAUGUAUCAUAACGUGAUAGGUAUAGCUCGAAUGCGGUCGGGCGAGCAUUUAAUUACGCACUAAAUUCGGAUGGAAAACAUGAUCGGCGGAAAUCAGUUGUGUGCUUGCCGUAUCUUUUAAUUUAAAUUUAUUUUUAAAUCAAAUUGUGUUUCUGUGGUAGUUAACAUUUAUAUUCACAAUUGAUUUUAGUUAACCAACCCGGUAGUCUUGGAAAUAUAUCAGUAAUCGAGAUAACAGGGUUGAUUACAGUAUGACGGUAGUCUUGGAAAUAUAUCAGUAAUCGAGAUAACAGGGUUGAUUACAGUAUGACGGUAGUCUUGGAAAUGUGCGGAUAGUCGAGAUAACAGGAAAAUACCUAAUAAAAUACAAUUAUUAUUAUAUGAAUAAUCUUCGGGAUUAUAAUAAUAUUCUGGGUAAAUAUUAAUAAUUUUAGC